AUGGGGGCCCUAUUCUUACUAAUAAUUGCAGCCAUACUUCUAAGCUUUGGAGAAGGUUUUGGCAGGGAUUCUAGUGGCACUAACCCAGAUCAAGUUCUCUUUCAUGGAAUCAUUCCUAUUUUAGUUGCUUCUGUGCUCUCUAGUCUGGCUUCUUCUCUCUGUAAAGAAACACAGCUCAUGCUUAAUGACUGUGGAAAUGUCUAUAGUUGGAAGCCUGUGAAGAAACACAGCUCAUGCUUCAUGAAUGUGGAAAUGUCUAUAGUUGGAAGCCCGUGCUUAUUGGCAAGUAUGUCUAAGUCUCCAGAUGGAGAAGCCAUCAGACAACAUGGGUUUUUUCAUGGUUGGACCGCAUUGAUUGUGGUUCUAGUGGAAUGCUCAGAUGUAUGA